AUGGCUCUGUCCCAGAUUCAGUGCCUGGAUGACAAUCACGUGAAUCCACGGAUUAACGAGUCCAAACCGGACUUCUUGUACAGCGAGGACCAGAGGCUCGCCUUGGAGGUUCUGCUGCGCGAAGGUCGCGAAUCUUUUGUCAAGUUCCUGGAGGAUCGCCAAAUGCGGAGCUUCCUCUCAGACCUGGAGCAGGAAACUCUCACUAAGGCGAUGGAGCCUUAUGACCCCGGCUUGGAGCUCUUCCCGGAGGAUGCCGAGGAGAACGAGCCUCCGCUGUCGUCGCACUACUGGCCGGAGUUGUCGGACAUGUCCAUCCCUCAGUUGGAUUUAGGGUGGCCGCACAUUGACGCUUACCGCGGGGUGACGCGCACCACAGUUUACACGCAACCGCCAUUGGAGGGUCAAACUCACAUAAAGGAGAUUGUCAGAAAGAUGAUCGCACAGGCGCAAAAGGUCAUUGCUGUUGUGAUGGAUGUCUUCACUGAUGUUGACAUUUUCAGAGAUUUGAUCGAUGCUGGUUUUAGAAAGAAGGUUUCUGUCUAUAUCCUUGUGGAAAGCACAUCAUUACCUCAUUUCCUUUCUAUGUGCCAAAGAGCUAACAUGCACCCAGGACACCUCAAGAACCUCCGUGUACGCUGCACAGCUGGAACAGAGUUCUACACUCGUUCCUGCACCAUGGUGAAAGGUCGACUAGGACACAGAUUCAUGUUCAUCGAUGGAGACAAAGCCUUGUCCGGGUCAUUCAGUUUCACCUGGAUGUCCUCACGACUGGAUAAAAAUCUCGUGACCGUGGUUACAGGCCAAGCAGUGGAGGCCUUUGAUCAUCUCUUUCGUCACCUUUACAUGACCUCAAGAUUUGUUGAUCUCCAGCAAGUCACCACAGAGCCUGAGCCAGAGCGUGAGGCUCCUGUUCAGCUAGCCCCAGUAGUCCUUCCUUCUUCUACUAUAAGGAAAUUGUACAACCCAAAGUAUGCCUUACUUAUUGGAGAUGGAGCUAGCACUACCACCGCUGCUGACCAAGAAAGCCCUAAAGAAUCCCAGACACCAGAGGCCCCAGAUACUAAGAAGAGAAGGCGAGGAAGAGGGAGUAAAGAACCUGUUCAAGAGGAGGAUUCAAUGCAUCCUGGGCUCAUGAAUUUAGAGAAGGCGUACCUGAUCCCUUAUUUGCCCACCUGGCCAGAGCCUGACCCCCCAAGUGAUGUAAUCGGAUUCAUAAAUAUCGUGGAUGCGAGCAAACCAACUCAAGUGCAUCUGCAACGCUCUGAGAGGUUUGAAACCAGUCAAGCCAUUCGGUUCAGAAACCCUUUGACCAUGUCUGACGAACCAAUGCCAGAAGUGGAAAAGCCCAGAGAGACAACUUCUAAAAUUGAGGAGAAGCUAAAUGUCCCACAAUCACCAGAUCUUCAUAAAGUUAAGGAGACUGUGUAUGACAGGAUACAAAGCAGCGCAAAUGUUGAGAAACCUGAAUCCCACUCAGGUGCAUCGCGAUUUGCCACCAAUGCUGAUAAUUCCCGUAACACUAAGCAGAGUCUACAUUCAGUUGAAUUAACUAGUCCGAAUAAAAGUCAAGGCACAAAACACCUCUCUCUUUUGUUUAGCAACAUAGAACAAAAUCAAAAUUCUAGUAAAAUAGACCACCUUGAUGAACAAACAAAUAGAGCAGCACCAAAAAUUGGGACUAGUUUAUCUGCUGUUACAGGAGCCUCUUACCUGCCGGAUCCUGCUCACUCAAACUCAGGAAAAGAACUCGCUGAUACAAAAACAACACCACUAGUGAAUCAAGCUAAUAAUACACAACCAUAUAGCACCUCUGAAAUUUCCUCCGUUACUCACACUCUUGACACCUCUCGACCUACCUCUUCUUCAUCCUCAAGCUCCAAAACGUAUACUAUGGAACCCCACACAAACCAUCAAGCUACCAAAGAUAGCAACAACAGCAAUGGCUUGGGCACGCCAACUGUUAGCACUAGCAACACAGAGACCACAGAGAAGCACACUGGAGAAAACAAGCAACAGACUGUGUCUAAAAUGAAGAAAAAUAGCAAUGGGAAAACUAAAACGCAGAAAGAUGACAGCAAGAGUGACGCCUUCCCGAAAAAUCAACAGCACACACAAAAAGAAACCUCCGCAGUAAGAAAAAAUGAAAAAGCUGUUGGACGCAAGGAUGACAACGGAAGAAUUGCCGUGGCUCCUUUGGCAACGAACAGAGACUGUUUGAAUAUUGAACAAAAUAUUUCAGAUGACAUAAAAACAGUGAGUCCAGUACACUGUGAUAGAAGUGUAAAGCCUCAGGAAGACCAGCUGGUAGCAACAGGAGAGGCUGAAACCAAGGCUACAUCGAAACCGCUCACUAAUCCAAAACCUAAGGAAAUUCUGAAUGAAACUGAAUCUGAAAAGAAAACAUACCAUGUAAAAGAAAACAAACCACAAAAAAUAUCUUACGGUCAAAGUUCUCCAUUAACUAUGUGGGAGCGGAUUCAGGCUGGGAUGGAUGAGCCGUCCAAAGAUGCCGCAUUACAGCAACCAAGUGAUAAUACCACAAAUUUGACAAAGAAAAAAAUCAGAAGUGUCUCCCUAGAAUAUCCCCUGUCACCAAAACAACAAUCACCCCCUCACACACCCAGGAAGGCCCAACAUUUAAACACCCCAGACACUCACCUCCCACCGAGGAGACGAUCGUCCUCCACUAGCAGACACAUAUAUGAUGGAAAACCUACCCCAGACUCACCUGCACACAAUACAAACUUUCGAACCCCUUCACCAAAACAACAACCACCUCCUCACACACCCAGGAAAGCCCAACACUUAAACACCCCAGACACUCACCUCCAACCGAGAAGACGAUCAAGACGAUCGUCCUCCACUGGCAGACACAUUUCUGAUGGAAAACCUACCCCGGACUCACCUGCACACACUGCAGACUUUCGAACCCCUUCUGCCACUAAUUCCCUAUUCACAGACUAUAGUGCAUAUGUUGCUUUGUUUGACAACAAAGACAAGAAUACCUCCAGCAAAGAAACGCGGAGUUCUGGGAAAAAAGUGAAAAUGAGGGAUAAGGAGGAUGUAAAAAGUAUAGACAGUGGGAUCAAAAAGACAUCCAACAAAGAUUCCAAAGAGAAGUCGGGGCGAAAUGAUGUGGAAUCAAAACAGAAGACUUUUGAGAACGAGAAAGAGACUCAAUCCCGCACUCUCAUGAAAAAGUCACGAACUCAAGGGGCAGCAGGACCCAGCAGUGGGGACAAAACAGAUGGGUCAGCCAGAGAGGUGGCUGAUCAGAAGCCCGGAGGCAACGAAAAAGUCCGCCAAAGCUCUUAUCGUUCCAUCCUGUCCCACCGCGGGACACAACAGAUCGUUCAUAGUCACAGUGCCAUGCGGCAACGGCCCUCUUUUUCCAAAAAGCUCCCGUCGCUGCUCACUAUAUAG